ACUCUGAUGGAGUUGUGAUCAGAAAAAGACAGCGCUAAGAAAAACAACAUCAAAACACUGAACACAAAAAUGUUAAGUUUAUACUUUGCUGAUUGUUAAUUAUAAGAAACCGCACAUUUUAAAAGUAUUAUUUAUUUAUUUAAUUAUUUAUAAAUCGGGUGGUUUAAAUAAUGGCGUUGAUUUUGCCGUCUGAAAUAGCACGACUGGUUUUUGGAUACCUGGAAGAAAAUGAGUGCACGGAAGCGGCUAGUAAGUUUUUCACGACGUCGCCGCACCUGGAGGAGUGCCGGUAUGUCUCUCAGAAGGGUAGGAAGUUUGAUACCAAAGUUAACGACCACACACUGACAGAUAUUGUGGAAAAAUAUUUCCUUGUGAUGAGGUUCGUUAAAGAAAAACUCUCCAAGAUGGAGGACAGUGAUUUUCAGUCAACUGAUCUGAUGGUGAUGGUCAAGCUGCUGUUGGAUGGACCACCUAGAGGUAAGCAGCGAUUUGUCGUGAACAUCAACGUACCUCCGCCUCAGACUGGUGGCUCGCCGAUCCUGGCUGGCAGCUCGAGGAAGCGACGUCUCCACAGCCAUCAGCACGCUGACAGACCCAAACGUCCGUUCAGGUUGGAUCCUGAUAAGGAGAAAAGCGAAGGUAGUGUUUCGAAUCAGCAAGUUAAUACCGAUGCUACGCAGCUCAACCAGCUGCCAGGUCACUCGGAACCUGGUCAGGAGCCUGGGUUGAUCAAGAGUCUGACUGAUAUUCAGUCCUUGUCUACUGAGAUUAAGAUCAAAGAAACUAUUGUGGAGGUUCAUAAAGAGAGUAAGCUUCAGCCGAUGAAAAAUUCCACUGCUACUGAUACGAAGGAGCUCAUGUGUUAUGCUACUGCUGAAGUUCAGACCCAGGAUGAUCACGUUGAAUCGGAUACUGAGUUGGCAUCCGAUAUGCCUAUUGAAAAUCUUAGCCUCCUGACGAGAGAAAUGUUGAGCCGUACAGAAAUUCAAGAAAAAAUAGCCGAACAAAUCAAUAAAGCAGGCUUACCAAAUUUGUCAUCUGUAAUUAAAGAAACAAGUUUCUGUGACAAUCCCGAGGUAAAUACUUCAAUAAUGUCCGAGUUAAAUAACGCGAUUAAAUCAGUCGUCACAACAACAGAGAAAGAUCCUGUUUUCGAAGACUUUCUCAACGAAAUAAUCGGUACUACCGACGAGUCUCCAGAUGGAAGUCCUUAUGAUUCAAAUCCUACUGAAAGGUUCAAUCCAGAAGUGAAAACAGAACCACCAAAUACAGUAGAAGAAACUGACAUCAAAGAAGGAAUUUUCAAUUUGAACGAGCCAACGCAUGACCUUCUUUUUGACGAUUUGAACGCCGCGGCGAUCCAAGGAAUAAUUAACGUAAACAAAAUAACCCGCGAAACUGGUGACUUGACCGAGGCAAUGAAGAAAGAAGAAAAUCCUACAAGUACUGCUGUUACAUUGGGAAAUGAGACUGAAAUUCCUUCGGUUUCACCAGCCACUGUAUUAUCCAUCGACAUUCCCAAUCUUCCGGUCAAUGUUAAUCCUGUCAAUCUCAAUCUUGUCAAUGUUAAUCCAGUGAAUUUUAAUCCUCCUGUACUCCCUACAGUUUCAUCUUCAAUUCUAACAACAGUUCCUAAAACAAUUCAAAAAGUGUCUAAAGCAACAAUACGAAAAGGAAAACCCAGAAAAGCACCUCGACCGGAGUCAGCGAAAAUAAAACCCAAGAUAGUCAGCAAUGAAGAAGUUGUGACUACUCUUGUUUUCUGUCAGCAAGACCAAGAAAACGAAGAAGCACAUUCGAUACGAAUGACUUCUGGUAACAACCAAUGCCUUGCUAUAAUGCCAAAACUUCCUGGUGAAACACUUUUCUUACGCACCGUACAAGUUCCCAAGAAGAUUCCAGCUCCACCUGCUCCUCCAGAUCCUCCUGCUCUUCCUCCUCCUCCUCCACCACCUCCACCUUCACCUCCGCUAGAUCUUCCUCAAUUCAAACGCAUAGCGCCGAAAAUUUCCAGUCUGCCAAAUUUGCUCGUUGAACCUGUCGAAAAAAAAAAAAACGACCAAGAAGACGAAGCAAUAACACUUUACAGAAAUAACUUAGAAAGCUUCCCGGUUGGCACAGAAAUACCAAUAUUGACUGCCGAUGAUUCAAUAUCUUGUUCUGGAACCGGAUUAUCGCCAUUCUUGAAACUUAACAAACGAAAACGUUCACCAGCAGCACCUGGACCACCAGCACCACCACCAGUGCCACCCGUUGAAGCGCUUCCAACAGUAGAUCUUACAGGAGACACUAGUUUUGUCUUGGAAAAAGAAGAAUCAAUCAUCAAGCGGACGCCCAAGUCGUUGCUGAAGAGUCGCGCCAAGAACCAUCGACUCAGCUUGUCAACUCCUCGCCGGCGCAGCAGUCACGUUCGUGCUCUAGAUUUCAAUACACCAACUGGUUUGAGUUCAAGUCGUCGUUAUUCAGUCACCAGUACUCGAGCAUCUCCAUCGCGGCCGCUAAAUAAAUCAAUUCCUCGCUCGAGUUUGUUCAGCACUCCAAUUAAGAGUCCCAGGAAAAAGGCGCCUGUGAAAACACCUGUGAGGAGUUUGAAACCUUUGGAGACGCCAAUUGCUACCAGAAGCCCAGCUCCGACGCUCCAAGGCAAUUGGAACAAGGUGUCUGGUGUUGAUACUAUAAUUGGGUGUGAUUCGCAGUCAGAUAGUGGUUCGCCUCCAAAGAAACGUCCAAAGUCCUGGGACGCUGAUUUGAGAGAAGGACUUGUUAUUCCUGAAGAAAGUCCGAAUAAACCGCGAAGAAAUUCUAAUAAACUUUUGAAAAAUGACAAAGAAGAAGUGAAUAAUGAUCCUGUUACUCCAACGAUCAAGUCGGAAGUUGAAGUUGAGAGUAAAGAGGCUAAAUCCAGUGAGAAAGUUGCUCAAUCAACAAUUGUCACUGCUAAAGGAGUUACCAAGAAGUAUGCGAAGCUAAAAACUAUUACUUCUAAAAUAUCAGGGUCGAGUGAUCUAAGUUCUAACUUUGAAACAAGUACAACUGAAAAAGUUAUCAAAGACCUGGAAACUCCUAGAAAAUCGGAAGAUAUUGGAGUACCACCUACUCCACGAAUACUCAGUCCUUCGAGUAAUCAAUGUUCUUUUGUGAGAAUUAAUUCCAAUGAAACUAAAGUUACCGGGUUCGUGACUACUCCCGAGUUCCCGGUGACGCCUUGCAUUAAUUUUACUCCAAAACAUGGUGAUAAUACGGUGGAUUCUUUGAAGAAAGAUUUCGCGCUGUAUUAUCAUCCUGGUGUCUAUGGAAAGCCGGUAAAUAAUGUUGAUGUUAAGGAAAGUAAUUCAAAUGCUAAUGCAGCAGCAUCGACUUCAGCUUCUACUUCAGCGAGUACAGAGACAGUGGCAAACACUUUGGGCGCGAAAUUGGAAAUCACGCAGUUUGAAGUUAUCAAGGAAAAUUUACCUAAGGAGGAAACUUGCAAGGAACUGAGGAUUUCUAAUGCUGAAGGGCUGAAUAAGAGCCAGGAGUCGGAAAAAAGCUUGGAGAAUAGCAGGAGUGAUGAUUCUGACUCUGAUAGUGAUAGUUCGUCGUCUAGUUCCAGUUCGUCAUCUUCUUAUUGCAGUGAUGAUCAGUCGAAAUCUAGGUCCAGGUUGUCAGUAAGCAAGACAAGUAAUGUUUUGAAGAAAAGUGAUAAUUUGGGACUUGAUUUAAGUGAUUCGAUGAUUAAAACUGAUGAUAAAAGCUUAAAAGAUGAUAAUAAACAGGAAAAUUGUGAGGAUAAGGUAAGUCAACAAGAUGGAGGAUUGGUUCUUGAAAGUAGUGGGGAACAAGAAGGCGGAUUGGUUGAAAAGGGUGGCGAGACUGAUGGUGGGAAAAUUCAAAUUGAAAAAGAAGAAGAAGUUUGUGGAACAAUUCAGAGUGAAAAAUCGGUGGAAGAUUUAUCUGUUGAGAAAGAGAAAGUUGUUGAAGAAGCAGAAGAAAUUAGUGAUGAAGAUCAAGUUGAAGAAGGUGAAAUAAUCGAAGCGUCACCGAAGAAAAUGUUUCCAAUAGUAAAAUCAGACAAAGCGUUAGCAGAAGCAGAUAUUGAAACUCCGGCGAAAAAUGAUGACUUACUUGACGAAGCUGACAUAUCUGAAACUCCUAGUGGAUCUAAAAACGGUACUGAAACAACAACGACCAAUUUGACGACUAAAAUUAGUAAGAUUAUUAACACGAACUCUCAAUGGCCGCAGGAAGACAAAGUUAUGAAGUCUACGUUGAUUGAGUCGAAAAACAACAAUGAUGUACUACCGGGUCCUAGUCAACCGGAGAAUUCCGAGGUGAACCAUGAAAUACUUAGAAGAGAGUUGGAUGAGAAGAGGUUGAGGAUUAUGGAUAGACUUAAGAAGAAUAUUACUGUCAAACCGAUGUAUGGAGGUAGCAAAGGAAAGAAUAAGAAUGACAAAGCCAAACCGCGGAACAAUGUUGUUGUCAAUAGUAAAGCUCAGGAGAGUAAUGAAGUAAAAGAAAGUGUUUGUGAAAAUCAUGAAGCGAAAGAUAAAGACCAUGGAAAUCUUGAAGUGAAAGAUAGAACGCAUGGAAAUCUUGAAAUGAACGAUAGAAUUCAUGAAAAUCUUGAAGUAAGAGAUAGAGGUUAUGGAAAUCUUGAAUUGAGAGAUAGAGGUUACGGAAAUCUUGAAGUAAGAGAUAGAGGUUAUGGAAAUCUUGAAGCGAAAGAUAGAGGUUAUGGAAAUCUUGAAGUGAGAGAUAGAACUUAUGGAAGUCUUGAAGUGAGAGAUAGAGGUUAUGGAAAUAAUUAUGAUCCGAGGUAUAGAAUUCAUGGAAAUCAUUAUGAAGGAAAUGAUAGAAACUAUAGAGGCAAUGAUCCGAGGGAUAGAAUUUACGGAAAUAAUUACGAAGGAAAUAAGAGAGAUUAUAGAAGCAAUGACCCGAGGGAUAGGACUUAUGGAGAUCAUUACGAAGGAAAUGAGAGAGGUUAUAGAAACAAUGACCCGAGGGAUAAAAGUAAUGAAACAAGAGGUCGCCACAGAAGUAAUGAUAGAAGGGGUAGAAGCCGUGGAAGUAAUGAAAGAAGGAGUAAAAGCCAUGGAAGUGAUGAAGGAAAGGGUAGAAGUCAUGGAAGUAAUGAAGACAGAGGAAGAAAUCAUAGAAGUAAUGAAGAUAGAGUUAAAAGUCAUGAAAGUAAUGAGGAUAAAGGUAGAAGUCAUGAAGACAAAGGAAAAAAUUAUAGAAGUACUGAUGAUAAAGGUAGAAGUCGUGGAAAUAAUGAAGGGAAAGAUAGGAGAGACGACAAGGCUAGGAAUCAGCGAACUGACUAUGACAAAGAUAAAAAGGAUGACAAGAUUAGAAACGAAAGGCUUAACCAUGAAAUACAGCCUACAAGAGAGGAUAAAGUUAAGAACAAAAUUAAUGCUGAUACUGGUGGACUUGAAAAAGAAGACAAGACUAAAAUUAAUACAGUAACUAGUGAAGUUCAGAACAGCAAAAAUGAUAAGGUCAGAAGUCAGGUUGCUGAUGACAAGAAAGAUGUCAAAGAAGAAAAGAGCGAACAAGUUAAAAACAAGGUGAAGGGCCAAGGGACAGAGGAAGCUAAGAAAGAAGAAAUAGAUAAGAACAAUGAUGGUCGAAGAGAAGUAAAACUUCCAGUUAUUCCAGUGACGAGAAAAUCAGCGCGGUAUGCAGCACGUGCUGCUAAAAAUGAAGCAGAAAAGAUCAAGCGUGAUAGCAGCAAGGAUAAAGACAAGAAGAAAUCAGUUGAAGAUAAUCGGAAAAGUAAAAUUGAGGUGGAAAAAACUAAUUUACCAAGUGGUAAAAUUCUUGAUAGUAUCUUGACGGGAAAAUUAUUGUUGAAAGAAGUUGUUGAUAGAGCUAAACUUGAUCAAGCUAAGAGUAAUGAGGUUAGCAAGAAAGAUGACAAGGCUAAUAUGGACAAAAAGAUGAAGGUUGAUGCGGUGAAACGUGAUUUGUUCAGUGGAGACGAGAUGAGUGAUGUUGAAACCAAAAAGGUUACAUCUAGUCAAGUUGAAGAUCUGAUGAUGCAGUUGCAUAAAAGCAAUACUCCAGAAGUUCCUGAAACUGAAGAAGUGUCGGAUAAAAACAUGGUGCUGGAGUCACUAAAUCUGCAACCGACAUCUAAAAGUUCCAGUGAAUCUGAGGCUGACUUAUCGAUGAAUUAUUGCGAGAUAAAAUUCGUGCACGAUGAUAACGUCAACUCGAAAAAGCGCUACCGUAAGACAACGCUUGACGUCGUUCCGAUCACUAUUCCGACGGAAGAUGGCGGCACCAUGACAGUGAUUCUGACGUUGACUUCACAUGAAGAAUUGUUCAACUUGCAGCCAGCCAGGGUGAAGAAAAUUACCAAGAAAGACCCGCCGAAGCCAGCUCCAGAGCCUGUCAGGUAUAGAAGGAAGGUUCAGCUGAAAGACAGCAAGCCUAUGGUUACUUCUAUUGACUCACUGCCACUAGCGACCUCUUCUCCGCUAACUAUGGAACUACCUGGAACAUCGAAAGUCGUCAAACCCGAGCUUACUAAAUCUACUAGCACAAAUCAAGUACAAAAAAAGAAGGAUCAAGGAGACAAAAUCAACAAUGAGGCUAAGGGUAAAAAUUCGGUAGGUAUUCCUAAUCUAUCUCCCAUUUGGUAGACUUCUAUGGGUCAGAUUCCGAACUAAUGAAAUAAUUAGAACAUGUAUAUAUAAUUUUAAA